CCAAGUCCAUAAAACCAACAUAUAUCAUUCGAUAACGUUGUGUUUCUUUUUCCUCUCCCACUCCUUCUGCGAUUAUUCCCGACUUUCCAUGGCAUCCAUCGUACCCAGACUCGAACCUGCCCCCGACACGUGUCCCGAGUUCAAACGGCGGAAACGAAGGAUACCGAACGAAAAGCUUGCCUCUUCUCAUUCUCAACAUAACCAAGGAAUUAAGCGAUGGCGAACGCAACGCGAGCAACACAUCUACUCCUCCAAGCUCGUCCAGGCCCUCCGCCGUUCUCGACUGACCUCAACUUCCUCCUCCGCCGCCAGGGAAGUCCACGAUACGGCUGACAGAGUCCUCGCCGUUUUGGCCAAGGGAACCACGCGUUGGAGCAGAGCGGUCCUCACCGCUCGCAAGACAGCCAGACAUAAGAAAGCCAAGGUCGCCGCCAAUAUUAGGUUGAGGAAGCCGGCGUUUAACAGGGAGAAGAGAAAAAAGCCCGCCGUUCAGAAAAAGUUGAAGGUUUUGGGACGUCUAGUUCCCGGUUGCCGGAAACUAUCGUUCUCGAACCUCAUAGAGGAAACUAGCGACUACAUAGCGGCUCUCGAGAUGCAAGUUCGAGCCAUGACGGCCAUCACCGAGUUUCUCGCCGCCGGCGGACCGGCUUGAGUCUAAUGUCAACUCUUGAAAAGAUGUCCAUAUUAUGAUUAUUAUUAUUUUCGGAAACUGUUUUUGGUGAGAUUCUUAAAUUCCUGUAUUUUAUUGUGUAUACA